UUAAAAGCAAACUUUAAAUCUAUUCAAACAAGAAAUAUCACACAAAGAGUGUUUACUUGCUGCACAGGACUAGACUGGCGGUGGAAAGAACAGGUAGGCCAUGUUGGAUUUUUAGUAAAUGCCUUGUGUGAUCCCGACAUCAAAAUGCAUCCCCGGCGCAGUGCCCAAGAAGUCCUACUGUGUGACCUCUGUGAAACUGUUCCACUACAGAGUCACUGUAAAGUCUGUCAUAUAAAUCUCUGUGUUAACUGUGUCAAUAAACAUCUCGCAGAUUCCUCUAAAGAUCACAAUGUCGUGUCCUAUGUAAAGCACAUUAAAUCUACCACUAGCUACCCAAAAUGUCCGAAACACGCCGAAAAACACUGUGAACUUUACUGUGAGAAAUGCGGUAUUCCUUUUUGUUCUACCUGCAACUCUUCAGGCAAACACAAAGGUCACAAAAUAUCAGAUAUUCUGGAAAAAUCCGGCUCUAAAACAGGUGAUUUACAGAAAGAUUUGAAAGAACUCGAGACCAGAAUUUACCCUCAAUAUGAAAAAAUGGCGUCCGAUGUCCAAACUGAAAAAGCCGAAUUAGACACGAAUUACGAGAAACUGACAACAGCCACCGAUCAACAAGGAGAAAUCGUACACCGGGAGGUGACCGCCAUUGUCAACCAACGGAAAUCCGACAUUGCGGAGAUGAAAAACAAACACCUGGCCGCUCUAAAUAAAAAUACAGAUGAAAUUACAAACAGAAUUACAGAACUCAGACAGAUCAUUCAGGACCUGAAGAAAAUACUGGACACCAAUGACGUCUCGUUAACAUCUACUUACAAAUCUAGGAAUUCCGAAUUUAGAACAUUACCGACUAAAAUCCGAGCUACAUUACCGAGUUUCUCUCCUCAAAAGAUAAACAAAGAUCAGCUCAACGAAAUGUUUGGUUAUCUGUCGCCAUUAUCCUUUAACACAGAAAAUGGCGAAACAAUGAAGUCACCAGAAGCUGUAUCGUCUCCUCCAGUCAAACAACUGCUUGAUGAACCGCGACUCACCGCCACCAUAGACACUGGAUAUCCACCAUUCAGUGUUAGCUGUCUCGAUGAAGAACAAGUAUGGACACGUGGGAAUACCAAAUUCAUAAAGCUCCUAAACCUCCGGAGUAAACUACUGAAAUCAAUACAAACCAAGUCAGGGAACAUGCCGCGGGACAUAGCAUUGACACGGGACAGAGAUCUUGUCUAUACUGAUGAUAGAAAUAAAACUGUAAACCUAGUGAAGAAUAAAAAGAUACAGACUGUCAUCACACUACAGGGAUGGGGACCUCGCAAUGUCUGCAAUACCGCCUCCGAUGAUCUCCUGCUUACCAUGAUCAGUGAUGAUUACAAACAAUCCAAAGUUGUGCGCUACUCUGACUUCACAGAGAAACAAACCAUUCAGUUUGAUGAUCAGGGUCGUCCUCUCUAUUCAUCUGGUGAACACAUCAGUGAGAAUAGGAACCUGGAUAUCUGUGUGACUGAUUAUGGAGCUGGUGCAGUAGUGGUGGUCAAUCAGUCAGGAAAACUUCGAUUUAGAUACACUGGCCAUCCCUCUAAUACUAAUGAAUCAUUUAAUCCAGUCGGCAUCACUACAGACAGCCACAGUCAUAUCCUGACAGCAGACUAUGGCUGUCACCGUGUCCACAUCCUAGAUCAGAACGGACAGUUCCUCCGUUACAUUCACAACUGUGAGUUAUUCCUUCCAUGUGGUUUAUGUGUGGACAUCAGAGACAACCUCUUUGUGGCUAACUAUGAUAAUACAGUAAAGAAAAUUCAAUAUCUAUAAACACAAUGUUCAUUACACAUCUCAAUGCAUUUUGACUACAUAUCUAAACACAGUGUUCAUUCCAUUUGUUGUUGUUGAUUACAGUGUUGUGUGAACUGCA